CUCUUUCUAUUUUUUUCUUUAUUUUUUGUUGUUGUAAAAAGUAACUUUUAGGCACUACAAAUUAACACCAUCUCCCUCUCCUUAUCCCUCAAAUCCAUCUCCAAAGCCUCUCCUACUUCUCUCUCUCUCUGCUUCCUUGUUUUCAUAUAACAACAAAAACUCUUACAAAAAUCUUCUUCCAAAACUCUUAAACAAUGGCAACUGUUGUAUACCAAGGGUUUCAGUCUCAUUUUGAGUCUCAACACUUUGAGCCAAGAGCUCUAAGACUUAGACUCUCUUCUCCUAACAAUCCUCACUCAUCCACACCUCUCAAAUCCCAUUUCCUAGACGCAUCCAUCACUCCACAAGACAACAUUUCUACCACUAAAGCUGCCUCUAAGACAGAAAGUUGGAGCUUCCUCGAGCCCAUCUCAAACUUGAGCUCUGAUGACAAAGACAAGAAGACAUCAUUACCACCCUACGUUCAUACUCCAUCUUCUCGUAGAACUCUCAGUGAUGAGAGCUUAGCAUUGUGCACUGAAAGCCUCGGUAGCGAGACUGGCUCUGAUGUCAUUAACGAUCAAGAUUUGUUCUCGGUUACAUCCGAGUUACAAACUACUGAAACUAGACCAACGACAAGAUCCUCACGACAAGAUAGGAAGAGGAACACGGUGGCUUCUCUUCCACCUCCUUUGACGAGUAUGAGAGGUCUUGAUGGCAUUCAAGUCAAGUCUCACCGUGAGAAUGGAAGAUUGGUAAUGACGGCCAUGAAACCUCUGCCACGCGAUCGAUGCUUACAGGACCGAAGUAAUGGCUGCGUCCGACUAGCCAUCUUGAUUGAUUCUAAUGACCAGAUAGAGACAGAGAUCAAAGAAGAAGGAGAAACAGUUGAGAUAAUGAGAGAUAACGAAGAAGAGAUUCAACAAUACGAGGAAGAAGAAGUUGAACUGAUGGUUAUCAAGAACACUCAAAGAUCAAAUAGAUGCCAUGAAGGUGAUCUAGAAAACAGAGGAUUUCUAAAUUGGGAAUCUUUCUGUGUUGCCACUUCCUAAAAAACGAAUAAUUCUGAUCUCUCUGUGAUCACAGUUUCACAAGCUUUUUUCUACUGCAUUGUGUUUUCGUUUUUGUAUAAUUAACAACCUUUUUUUAUCACUCUCUUUGUUUAGAGAUGGUAUUAAUACUGGUUUACCGACAGAAGGCCUUGAUUGUUAAUUUUAUAUUGUCAACUACCUUGGUUACUGAUUUAAUGACUAAAUAUUUAAGGUUGUUUUACGGUC